CGCGUUGGUGCAGUUUGAUCAUCCUAUCGGUAGGGGGCGGUAAGGCGCGCAAUGUGUUAUCUGUCUCUGAAGGCUUUUCGCGGGAAAUGCGGUUCCCUUCCCUUCGCUUCCCUCGGCUCUUUAAAACUCUCUAAAGUCCUGUUUAUUUGUCACAAAUUAAAAUUCUGUUUCAUCCUUAAAUAACGUCUGCGGUGUUCUUGUGAAGGGAUAGAGGAAAGCAGGAUGAAAUAUUUGACAAGACGCAGAGCCAAACGCGUUUACGAGUGGCGAGGAAAACCUCUGAGUUUUAACAGGAAACUAAAAACCUACGAAUAUGGCUCUCUAGUCAUCAGCAUGGAGGGGGUCCCGGGGACUAUGGUCAUUCAGCCCGGUCAGCACAUCCUCAUCGAAGGAGAAGAUGACGACAACCCCUACGUGGCCAGAGUCCUCCAACUGUUUGGUGACGAGAACCAGGAGCAGAAGAAGGCGCUGGUUCAAUGGUUCGUCCGCUUGUCCGAGGUGCCUUACAGCAAGCGGACGCUGCUGGGCAGAGAGCCCCACCCCAAGGAAAUCUUUUUUUACCAGGGACCCAGCUGUGAAAACGAGGUGGAUGCUGAAUCCAUCCUGAGAGCCGUGCAGGUGAAACACGUGGACAACGCCGCUCCGUUUCCUGACUCUGACACGGAAGAAACGCUCUACGUGAAACUCUCCUGGGACUCCAGGAGGUUCAGCGUGCUGGACUCAGCUCAGCUUCAAAAUGUGGAUGAACGUUGCCCUCCUCUUACCCGCACCAAACCCUCCCUUCCUCCAUCCCCGCCUCGCUCCCCGCCUGCGGCCACGCCCACCUCCAGAGCUCGGUCACUGCGCUCGCUGCCCACGCCGGACCCCGAGGUCAUACGGAGGGCCGCGACGGCGGAGGUGCAAUUCAGCAGCGCGAGCGUGGGGAAAGCAGCGUCCGUGGAGGUGGAGUCGCUUCACUCUGCCACCAAACUGUCGGCUUCAAAAUGUCUGAGCGCCAAGAGGAGGAAGAUGACCUCCAGGACGCCUGGCGUCCGUAAGAAGCUGAACCUCAGCAGUCCAGAGAAAUCCAAAGAGGACUUCCUGAACCAGCUCCUGGACGAGGAGCUGAACUCUGAGGUGAAGCUGGCCCACAGGCUGUCCUCCUCUUCCUCCUCCCUCCCGCUGUCUUCAGCCCUCACCUGCAGCCUCACGCCGCUCAGGAGCGCUCGCAAAAACAGUGCUGCUGAGGCAGCCAGCCGGCUGAAGCUGGCACCCGUCCGCCUCAACAGACGCUCCUCCACGGAGGACGACAGUCCUUCAGAGACCAGCAGAGCUUCCACUCCGUCCCGAAGGAAAGAAGUGAAGAGCGUGAAGGAGCCGACUCUGGGCGUCCUACCUGAGGCCGACUGCGAAAGCUCCCCAAACCUGCCGGUUGGCGCCACGCCCAGGAGCUCCAAGAGGAAGUCGGCGAUGAAGGUGUCGUCUCGGAUCAGAAAGCAGCUGAAUCUGCUGAACAGUCAGUUCGACCCAGACUCUGACGGAGACGACGAGGACGAGUUUGUUCCCUCCAAGAAGGAGCUGCAGAGCAGCAGUGAGGAGGAGGAGGAGGACCACCACAGUGACAGGGAGGAGGAAGCGGGAUUCGACAGCGAUGAAGAAGUGGUGAGAAAGAGGAGGCGGUCCUCUGCAGCGGCGCCUCAGACUCCUCGUUCUCGGCAGAAACCCCGCCCGACGACCCGAACGCCGAGGAAGACUCCGAGCAGGAAGGCUCCUCCUAGCACGCCGCGGACCCCUCGCCACGCCACGCCCAGCAUCCCCAACAGGUUACUGCCAACCCGACAGCCCGCCAACGUGCUGGAGGAGGCCAGAAUCAGGUUGCACGUGUCUGCGGUGCCGGAGUCUCUGCCCUGCAGAGAGCAGGAAUUCCAGGACAUCUACAGCUUUGUGGAGAGCAAGAUCCUGGACGGCACUGGAGGGUGCAUGUACAUCUCGGGCGUGCCGGGAACGGGGAAGACGGCCACCGUGCACGAGGUGAUGCGCUGCCUGCAGCACGCAGCCGACGUGGACGAGAUCUCGCCGUUUCACUUCAUCGAGAUCAAUGGGAUGAAGAUGACGGACCCUCAUCAGGCCUACGUCCAGAUUCUGCAGAAGCUGACGGGUCAGAAAGCCACCGCCGAUCACGCCGCAGCGCUGCUGGAGAAGAGGUUCAGCAACCCGGCGCCCAGAAAGGAGACGACUGUUCUGCUGGUGGAUGAAUUGGACCUGCUGUGGACGAGGAAGCAGAACGUCAUGUACAACCUCUUCGACUGGCCCAGCCGCCGCCACGCCCGCCUGGUGGUGCUGGCCAUCGCGAACACCAUGGACCUGCCGGAGAGGAUUAUGAUCAACAGAGUGGCCAGCAGGCUGGGUUUGACCAGGAUGUCUUUCCAGCCGUACACCUUCAAGCAGCUGCAGCAGAUCAUCACGUCGCGUCUCAACAAGGUGAAGGCCUUCGAGGAGGACGCCCUGCAGCUGGUGUCCAGGAAGGUGGCGGCCCUGUCGGGCGACGCCCGCCGGUGUUUGGACAUCUGUCGCCGGGCAACGGAAAUCUGCGAGCACUCAGCCGCCGACCCUUCGGCUGCGGGGUUGGUGGCGAUGAGUCACGUGAUGGAGGCCUUGAAUGAGAUGUUCUCUUCAGCGUACAUCACUGCCAUCAAGUGUGCGUCUCUGCAGGAGCAGCUCUUCCUGCGCGCCGUCAUCGCAGAGUUUCGUCGGCUAGGAUUGGAGGAGGCCACCUUCCAGCAGGUUUUGGUGCAGCACCAGGCUCUGUGUCGAGUGGAGGGUCUGCAGCCGAUCGGCGUGUCUGAGAGCCUGGCGGUAUGUCAGCGUCUGGGAGCCUGCCGGCUGCUGCUGCUGGAGCCCAGCCGCCUCGGCGUCCUUCAGCGCGUCCGCCUCAACGUGAGCCAGGACGACGUGCUGUACGCCCUGAAGGCCGACUGAUCAAAUCCCGCUAAAGUCUUUCCAGCAGAAGCUAGAACCCGUUUAAACCUCCAGGAUCCCACCUGCAGCAGAAACCUGCAGAAACAAAAGGUUUCUGUUUUAUUUUAAACCACUUUUUAUGAAAGACUGUGAUUUUACCGGAACAUUUGCUGCUUUUAUGACUCAAGUUUUUGCUUAAAUCUGUAAUAAAUUUCCUGAAACAUUUCAAGAA